CAUUUUUAAAACCAGUUUAAAUUUAUCAACAAGUGUUAACUUUUUAUUUUAUAAAAUAACAAAAUGGUACGUUGUCUGAUUUGCCUCUUUAGGUUUAGUAAAUUGAAAAAAUUGUAUGAACAUUAUUUUAAAUCUCACAGGAAAGUUGAGAUUAUUAAGAAAUUCAUAGAAGAAAAUAUUUUGCUACCAUCGGUACUAAAAAAACACCGCAAAAAGAAUGUACACAACAUACAGAAGAAGCGUACUAAAAAGUGUUGCCAAAAAUUUACAAAAUUGAAUAUUGAAGAUUUGCCGACGGAACCUGUGGUACUCAGUGAAAACAUACGCAUAUUUUGCGGGGAUGAAGAGAUUAUACGAAUUGGGGAUAACAAACAUAGCAUUAAAUUGUCAUUUGAAGACGAUGGUAAUCAAAAUAAGGAUAUAUGCUGUCUCACACUGAAAGAAAUAGGAAGUCUGAACGAAGCCAAACUUCCGAGGGCGUUGAAAAGAAAAAAUAAAAAGGAAAAUGCUUGCAAGAAGAAAAUUAAAAGGAAAAAAGUAUCCAAAAAGAAGAAACAAAACAUCGAAAUCAACAUAACAAAAGUUAAAGAACCUUCAUUGCCCAGUAAACCAAUUGCUGCAUUUGAAGCAAACUGUUUCGAUUCGAGACAGUACCCAAAAAGCGAGUUAAGACUUCUGACGUCAGAUACAGAGUCCUGUUCAGACACGAGCAAGAACUCCUUCGUACCACCCGAGGACACCAAACUCUUUUGCUUGAAAUGCGGAAGUGGCUAUAAAACCCAACAAGAGUUGUCGGAGCACAUGUACAUACACGAACCAUUUUGUAGGUUAUGCAAUACUUGGUUUCCAGAUGAGUUCACGUUCAAGCAGCAUAUGCAACUGCACAAAAUAAGAAUUUUCGCUUGCCACGUAUGCAGCGCUGAAUUUCCAUUCAAAGAACUGUUAUUUAAGCAUUUCGAAUGUCACAUGGAAGACAGGCUUUAUGAGGACGUUAUAGAUAUGGAAGAAGAUUAUAAAACGUUACAGUACAGUUUUGUAAAUACCAACUAUAACACGAGUAUUAAUAGUAUUUUGUGCUAUCUUAAAGAUAGGCCUGAUUUUUAUUAUUGCAACUACAAAAUUAUGAAAACGAUCUGUGAUUUUUGUUACAAAGAAGUUUCGGUCAACGAGUAUGAACAACACUUACAGAUUUUUCAUAGCUAUUAGAAUAUUAAGGGUUGUUUAAGGCUGGCUGGGGAGGUUUGAGACAAAUAAUUUAAUUUUUCAUGUUAUUGCAUUUAUGAAAAUUCAUAAACUGUUUUAUGAUCUUGACAAUCUUUUUUAAUAUUUAUCGACAAUUCCUCUGUGAUGUAGAGUAAAACAAACAUGAGGAACCAUUGAAAUACGUAUAAGAUAUUUAUUAUUGAUAUACAGGGUGUUUGGUAAAGAAUGGGUCAUAGCUUCCUAGAUUCCUGAGGUUAAAAUAGGUCGAUUUAAGCUAACUUACCUUAGUACAAAAG